CUAGCGAACACACCAUGUCUGGAAGAGGCAAAGGCGGCAAGGGACUCGGAAAAGGAGGCGCCAAGCGUCACCGCAAAGUUCUCCGCGAUAACAUCCAGGGAAUCACCAAACCCGCUAUCCGCCGUCUGGCUCGCCGCGGCGGCGUGAAGCGUAUUUCCGGUCUGAUCUACGAGGAGACCCGCGGUGUCCUGAAGGUGUUCCUGGAGAACGUGAUCCGUGACGCAGUCACCUACACCGAGCACGCCAAGAGGAAGACCGUUACAGCCAUGGACGUGGUCUACGCUCUGAAACGUCAGGGACGCACCCUAAACACAACCCUCCACGCCCUGAACAGUGGGAGAAGCGCCAUGGCCAGAACCAAGCAAACAGCUCGCAAAUCCACCGGUGGCAAAGCCCCCAGGAAGCAGCUUGCCACUAAGGCUGCUCGCAAGAGUGCCCCGGCCACCGCGGUGAAGAAGCCUCACCGUUACAGGCCCGGCACCGUGGCUCUGAGAGAGAUCCGUCGUUACCAGAAGUCCACUGAGCUGCUCAUCCGCAAGCUGCCCUUCCAGCGCCUGGUCGAAAUCGCCCAGGACUUCAAGACCGACCUGCGAUUCCAGAGCUCCGCCGUGAUGGCCCUGCAGGAGGCUAGCGAGGCUUACCUGGUCGGCCUGUUCGAGGACACCAACCUUGCCAUCGAACACACCAUGUCUGGAAGAGGCAAAGGCGGCAAGGGGCUCGGAAAAGGAGGCGCCAAGCGUCACCGCAAAGUUCUCCGCGAUAACAUCCAGGGAAUCACCAAACCCGCUAUCCGCCGUCUGGCUCGCCGCGGCGGCGUGAAGCGUAUUUCCGGUCUGAUCUACGAGGAGACCCGCGGUGUCCUGAAGGUGUUCCUGGAGAACGUGAUCCGUGACGCAGUCACCUACACGGAGCACGCCAAGAGGAAGACCGUUACCGCCAUGGACGUGGUCUACGCUCUGAAACGUCAGGGACGCACCCUGUACGGUUUCGGCGCGCGCAGAGCAGCGUCUACAGCAAACUUCUCCUCGCAGACCGUGUGUGUGUACCGGACCAAACGACAGACAGACAUGGCAGAAGUCGCACCAGCACCCGCAGCAGCCGCGUCGGCGAAAGGCACCCAAGAAGAAGGCAGCAGCCAAGCCCAAGAAAGCGGGACCCAGCGUAGGAGAGCUCAUCGUCAAGGCUGUGACCGCUUCCAAGGAGAGGAGCGGCGUGUCCCUGGCCGCGCUCAAGAAGACGCUGGCGGCGGCGGCUACGACGUGGAGAAGAACAACUCACGCGUCAAGAUCGCAGUCAAGAGCCUCGUCACCAAGGGCACCCUGGUCCAGACCAAGGGCACCGCCCGCCGCGGCGAAGAGCCCAAGAAGGUAGCAGCCAAGAAGGCCGUCGCCGCAAAGAAGUCCCCGAAGAAGGCCAAGAAGCCCGCUACACCCAAAAAGGCCGCCAAGAGCCCCAAGAAGCCAGUUCAGAUGCGGGAGGGGUUCACCAACACAGCUGAUAUAACCUAG